CAAAAAUAUCAAGAACCGGACUCUCUAGAAAGAGAGAAAAAAAUUACAACUGCAAAAUCCCAAGUUCUAUUUUCAUAUCUACCACUCCUACUUGCACAAGAACAGAAAGAUUAGGAAAAAAAAAUAAAAAAUGGCCAACAUGGUGAUGAGUUCCUCCAAAACCUUAGUCACUUCUUCAUCCUCCACCAUCCCACCAUCUCCAAGAUUCAACCUUUCCCUCCCUCAAAUCCCUUUUCCAAAACUACCCCUCCCAAAAUCACCAAAAUCCCUCAAACCCCUCUCCCUCCCAUCAAACCUCAAGUCCAUUUCAGUCAUUCUUGCAAGCUCACUAGCCAUAGCACCACCUUCACUAGCAGAAGAAAUAGAAAAAGCUUCUCUUUUUGACUUCAACCUUACACUCCCUAUCAUGAUGGCUGAAUUCCUUUUUCUCAUGUUUGCUUUAGACAAGAUUUACUUCAGCCCAUUAGGGAACUUCAUGGAUGAAAGAGAUUCUUCCAUUAAAGAGAAACUGAGCAGUGUGAAGGACACAUCUAGUGAAGUGAAGCAACUUGAAGAUCAAGCUAAUGCAAUUAUGAAGGCUGCAAGAGCUGAGAUAUCAGCAGCAUUGAACAAGAUGAAGAAGGAAACUCAGUUAGAAGUUGAACAGAAGAUUGGUGAAGGAAGGAAGAAAGUUGAGGCUGAGUUACAAGAAGCUUUGGCUAGCUUGGAGAAACAAAAGGAAGAGACUAUUAAGAGUCUUGAUUCUCAGAUUGCUACUCUUAGUGAUGAAAUUGUCAAGAAGGUCCUUCCUGUCAGUAACUAAAUCUGCAAAUUUGUAACCUUUUUUGGGGGUUGGUAACAUUCAGAUUACUGUUUGAUCAAGGAUAUAUAAAUGUGAAAUACGUGGUCUGUUUAUAUGGUGAAUCUCAUGUAGUGUAUCUACAUCUUGGUUUUCAUUGCCUGCUUUUGGUAAUAUGAGGUUUGUUAGUAGCAGUAA